GUGUAAAAAAUAGACUAUCCAUUGGAGACCACUUUUGAUUACAGUAAAAGCUAAACCCUCUAUUUUUUGCACUUUGCACUGCCCGUUGGAGGUGCUCUAAAGCUCUACUCAAAAUCUUAUACUUGCGCAUCCCUCUUGUUUUUACGCUAGCGUCAACUCCUCUCUUCCUGCACAUCCCUAGAUUGCAAUUCCUUUUGUUUUUGUGGAUCGAUUUCUGUAAAUGUUGUUGCUGUUGAAUGGAAAUUGUCUGGGGAACAUGUUUCCAAGCUCAAUUUUGGUGAUUUGGGGCCUUAUUUUGCUGAAUUGAAGGGUAACUCCCUCGCCAUGACUGUUCAUCUUCAAAACUGCAAGUCUGAUUUCCUCUUCGUUCAUGCUCAAUUGAAGGCCUUUUUGUUGGGAAUCCUAAGGGACUUGGUAAAAUCUCUCAUAAUUUAAAGUUAUUUUUCAUUUCCAUACAAAGAUUUGCGAGAUUGGAGCAAUUUUAGGGUUUCACCAUUACUGUUCACAACGAGGUGGCCAUCCCAAAAUUCUCAGGUUUUAGCUUGUGGUUUUGCCAAUUUUUUGGUAUUUUAUGGACAUGAUUUAGGGGCCUUUCAUUGCUUAAAGUUGAAUUUCAUUUUCAAUUACUAGUGUUGAACCCUUGAAUUCUUUGUUCUUCGCCAUUUUUUGUGUUAUUCGUUUUCUAAAUACUGCUUUGUGCUAUGGUUUUCUUUGCUUUGUGCCGCUGCAUUUUGUUGUGCCUCUUUGUUUUUACUUUUAUGGGACACUAAAGUAAAGAAGAAUACAAACAAAAAUAACCACAAAAACCUAUCUUCCCCAUCUCCAGUAUUCGACGCCAUAUCCUCCCACCUUCGAGAAUCGACGCCAUCUCCUCCAUCUUCGAGAAUCGACACCAUCUCCCCCAUCUUCGAGAGUCGACGACAUUUCCCCCAAUUCCAGUAAUUGAUUUCAUUUGAAGAACUAGUCGCAGACCUUCCAUUGUCUGGGCACAAACUAUUCUCUACUGCUGAAGGUUUUUGUAGAAUGUUGGAACAGCCAUGAAUAUGUCCUCCUCCUCCACGUAAGGUCACAAGGUAACCCGAGUGGUGAAGUCCAGGAGCCACCACAACUGCACCACAAGAAUCUGCCCCUGCCCAUACCUGGUCAGCGAGCAAGUCAAACACCAAACAGGCUUAAAUCAGGUUUCAAACAAGAAGCAUUCAGCAUUCCUCCAUCAGACCAGCAAGCUUAUUUGAUUGAAACAGAAUUUAAAUACCAGGGGGUUACUUUGAAUCAUCGCUUAUGUGGUAGUGAAACAUUGGAGUUCAAGGCUUAACAAUGGUUCCAUAAGUUGCUGUUCUAAGAGUACAUGAAGAGGUGCACCUCGUGAUAAAGAAGCCCAAUUCAGCCCAAGGGAUCACCUGCCACAACAAGAAUUGUGCUCACUGCCCAAACCCAUCUAAAGCCCCAAAACAAAUCCAGCAGUCUAUCAAUUUUGAGACAACGCAAGUUCAAAACAGCAGCCCCAAGUAGUAGUGUGGCUAGAGAUAUUGGGCAAUGAACACUAAUCUCCCCAUGAAGUCAAAUAAUCGACCAAAGGUGUUGAAGGAUAAAAGAGAUCAGGAACAGCUAGUGGGGACCCAAAGGUGUCACUGCCCAUCACUAAAAAUUCAGGAAUUCAGAGUCUAAAAACCAGCGAGCAGUCAGUUUAGGGCUCAAAUGCCAAUUUCAGGUUAUGGGUUGUGUCCUAUUCAUCAGCACUUAACCAUUACAGCUCCAUGAACAAACCAGUAGAGCCUGGGCAGUCCUAGCCGAAGCAAUGCAAGGAAGGCAGUGAAGAACAAGGCUACAGACACCAGCAGGUUUAUGAUGCAAUUUAUCACACACAAGCUCAGUUGGUUAUCUUAGGAUUUAGCUUCUAAAUAUGGUUGUUGGUUAUCAAUUCUUGGGUUUGGUUUCAAUUUUGUUUUACCAGCUUUGGUGUAUGUUUAUCUAGGUUCGACUAUGAUAUGUAGCCCUUGGUUUUGGUUUUUAAUUGGGAUAUGUUUUUUAUGUAGGGAAUAGUUUUUAGCUUUUCUUGAGGGGCUUUGCAUUUUCAUUGUGUGGAUCUUGAAUUUUUUGUACGCAGUGUUUGGAGUCAAUGCGUAAGUUAAUAGGUGUGUUGAGGUGUGUUGUGCGUCUUACCCCAAAUAAUGCCGCUUGUAGUUCUCCCUCGCCUGGCGACCUUAUGCCCUCCAGUCUUGUUGUCCAAGCGCCUAAGAAAUCUCCUUUUCUAGUUCUAAUGAUUGCCGCUCCAGUUGCUCUUGUGCUUCCAAUGGCUACGUCUGUGGAAAUCACGAUUCCUCUUGUGGGCGGUUCCCAGUUGAAGAUCUUAAUUGCCGGGGGGGUUGUUGUGGGGAGCUUGAUUCCAAAUCUAAAAAUUUUGCUUUUUGAUAUGCUUGCAAUCCAUUCAUACAUUUUGUUGGUGAUAUGGGAGAUUAUUUGGGUUUCAGUUUUCUCUUCAUUCUGGAAAAAUCGUCUAUUCCGCUCCUUCCAAAGCUCGUGUGCAAUGAUGCCGGGAAUUCAGUUUUGGUUCAAUGAUGGCACAAAAGGUGUUUGUUGUAAAGGAGGCUUUUUUGGAGUGGAAGUAGAAACAGGAAGUGUGAAGGAAGACUCAGGGUUAACUAUUCCAGGUGAAGGUAAGGGGAUAGGUUCUGAGGUCAUCCUUGGAGAAGGUAAGCUCAGGUUCUUGAACCAGGCUGGAGGAGGGCAGCAGGUUGGAUUGGUUCUCUGUCCAGGAGAGAAGGCAAAGACAUUGUUUGAUAAACGAGAUGCUUGGCCUGCCCCUGUAGAAGGUGCCAACCAAGGCUUUGUUGAACCUAGUGGAGAGAGCUUGGACUUCAUCUUUGGUGAAGGAUAUGCAAGGCAACCCUUUGAAUUUUUCCAAUUGGCUUCUCUGCAAUUUUGGUUGCUGCGUGGAGAAAAGAUUUGGGAGGAGGGAGGUAGCGCAGCACACCACCCGCCGUCCUCCUCUCCUCGGCGGCAGCAGCGGCGCAUCACCUCCCCCCCCCCUUCUUCCUCGGCAACAACUGCACCUUCUCCUCUCAAUAUGGCUUCCUCCGAUAAAGCCUUAGAAAACUCAAACUCUUCCUCCUCCUCGAAUGCUCCUCAUCUUGCCUUCACAACAAUCUCCAACGUCAAGCUUCAUGUCCCGAUUCUGCUCAGCUUUUCUCAACCAAACUACAAAAAGUGGAGUCGGUUAUUUCUCCUCUUGGUGCGCCGAUUCACCCUACACGGCUUUCUCUCGGGUUCUUCAUCUCCCUCCUCUGCUGAUGAUGAUGAAUGGUUCCAGCUCGACGCCCUGAUCCAAGGAUGGAUUCUCUCUACUAUCUCUGACGAAGUCUCAGAUCUAGUCAUCUCCACCACCUCCAUCGCUGCUGAAUUAUGGCAGGUUAUUCAUGCACUUUUUCAUGACAACAAGCAUGCUCGGGCAAUGCAACUCGAGCAUCAGUUUCGAACCACUGUCAAGGGCAUGGCAAGGAGUUCAGUCACUGGGAGAGCUGUGGAUGACGAGGAAAAUGACUUCGUCACAGAGCCGCCGCCGGAUCUGAACACUAUGAUGCUGGUGAGGCUGAGGAAUGGAAGUACUUCCGUUAUGGCCUAUCAAACGGUGUUUGAAGGCUUGCUUAAUAAAGUAUCUGGAAUUCCAGAAUCUACCCUCAUUUCUAUGUAUAAAGGCGGCCUCAAACAACCUCUUCAAUGUGAGCUUAAUCUCCGUAAUCCGGGAACAUUGGCCGAGGCAUUUGCAUUAGCACGUGAACUAGCGGCAUGCACGGCGGUCAUGGGUCCAACCAAACGGGUAUGGCAGUCGGGCACUGGGGAUGUUUCAUCUCAGCCGUUAGUGGCUUCCUUAGAGGGCAGUAGCACCAAAUCAACCUCCUCCUUGCCUAUUAUCCGCCUUACACCAGCCGAACGGGCGGAACGUUCUCGGAUGAGUACCAUGGCAGUAGACUGGAGUUUGAUUCGCAGAGUUCCCUGGUUAAGAGGCGACCUGGUGAAAGUUCUUGGUGUUGCGGCCACCAUCUUUGAUCCAAAAGGAUUUAGAGCAUUGUUUCCACAGAGCUUCCCUAGGGCGAAGCAAUGCCACGAGCUAAGAAUGAAGCCUACUGAUUCGGCAGACUCGCGAAGACUCCAAAUCCGGAAAAGUCAGAACCCGGAGAAGUCAGAAUCCGGAAGUCAGACCACGGAGAAGUCCUACAUCCGGAGAAGUCCAAUUACUGAGAAAUCCGAAUUCUGGAGAAGUCAAGAAAUCCGAAUCCUGAGAGGUCCAAAUCUUGAGAUGUCCGAACUCCAAUCUAAUUGGGUUGUUUAAUUAUCUGUUAACUCUGUAGUUUUGGGCCUAAGAUUUAGCUUCCAGAUAGCCUCUAACACUUUAUCACCAGGCAUUACAGUGAUAAGACUGUUGUGGUCAACAUUAAUUAGUGGGGAUGUGGCCUAGAGGAAUAGGAUGAUGUUCUUUGUAUUCUCCUUCCCAUGCAGAUCUGUGAAGUGAUUAAGGAAGAUGUCCCUAUUCUCAGAUUUAUCCUGAUUGACUUUUCCACCUUGUUUUAUUGCUUGCAGUAUCGGUUUUCUUUUCUCCCUUUAACCUGAAAGUAUUCUGGAAGAGCUCCAAACUUUUUAAUAUGUUCCCAUAUGUGAUGAAAUUCCAACUUUUGGGAGGGUUAGUAAUUUGCUUAUGUUUUAAAGCAAGGCCUUUCAUUCCAUUGCCAUGUUCCCAACCUAUAUCAGAUCAUCAUUUGUUCAGGAAAUUGUGGUAAUCUUCAUGAGUUCAUGUUGAGUCCAGAAAUUAAGGAAGCUGAAUAACUUAGGUCCAUGAGCCUCUGACUUUCUGUAGUCCAUCCUAAGUGGUUUGUGGUCACUUGAGGCUCUACUAAGAGUGUUGACUGCAUUAUCAACAAAGCAAUUCAUGAAGUGAGAGUUAACCAUGAUUCCAUCCAGUUUUCUGUGAAUAGAGCCGUUUGGUCUCUUACCAAUCCAAUGACAGUGACUUCACUUAGUGGCUGGUUCCUCAAUCCUACCCCAUUUUUUUUAAAGCUUUAUCUUGUCUUGUAGUGAUGAAUUGAUGUCUGUAGCCAAAUGAUUAAGUCUUGCCAACUCUGUACUCUGAGUCAAUUGCCAGAGAAAGAAUAACAAAAUUAGUUGUAAAAACAAACUGGGAAAAACUAAUAUACAUUUCAACAACAUCAAAUAUAUAUCUACGACUUAACUCAUUCU